CCUACUUACUACUACCCUUCUUUUUCAAAAAAAAAAAAAAGUAUCAAUCCCUUUUGUUUCUUUAUCUAAGGAAGGAAGAGGAAGGAAUCAAUGGCGGCUGAAGUUAGUUUUGUGGUUCGGAUUAUGAACGGCAGUAGCGAUUCGUCUUCAUCACCGGCUCUAAUUACAAAGGACUUGCUCGGAGGUUGCCGCUCCCUUGAUUCUAAGGAAUUGGACCUUGAUUUGCAGGUUCCUUCUGGAUGGGAAAAACGCCUCGAUCUCAAGUCAGGAAAAGUAUAUCUACAGAGGUCUUUGCAACAAAAAACCAUUGGAAAGCUUCAAGACCUUAAUUUCCCUCCUACAUCAAAGCUCUUUGAUGAACCUAACUUAGACCUAAAACUGCUUCCUUCAUCGCCAAGUUAUCCGAGUGUAUGCACCUUGGAAAAAGUGAAAUCUGCUCUGGAGAAGGAAACAACGCGGAAGCGUUCAAUAUCAUCAUCAAAUUCCUCAUCCUCAGGGAAGGAGGAUACAGAGGAGCACACAUCCAAUUCUUUCGCUGCUGGAUGUCCUAGUUGCCUGCUUUAUGUGCUAAUAGCAAAGAACCAUCCUAAAUGCCCUCGUUGCCAUACCAUCGUUCCAUUACCUCUACCUAUCAAAAAGCCUAGGAUUGAUCUCAACCUAUAAUCAUUCAACAUUUAGAUUUCUUUUUCUUUUUCUUUUGUAAAGAUGUAAUAUUAUAAUACAUGUUCCUCAAGGAUAAAUGCAUGCGUCGUUACUAUACAUACGCUCUUGAAUAACAAACUUUCUGAUUGCACAACAGUCAAGUCAUGAAUUGAAUGUACAAACAGAUUUGCCUUC